ACAAGCUAUAUGAUAUAUACUUUAGCCUAUAAUAGUAAGCACAGGACUUUGCUAUGCUAUGGUAAGUAUGUGCUAUAGAUUGCCUGUUUUGGAUUGCCAGGCCAAAAGAACUCAGACAAUUGUCUGACCUUCUUCUUUGAGACUAUGACAUAGAAUAAAAAGGGAGGGGAAAAACCCUCUCUAACAGGCUCUGAGGCAAAUGGGCUAAACUGAGCCAGGCCUCCAGGGGGAUUUUAAGCUCCACCCCUAAAACUAAGUACAAAAUGGAAAAGUCCACCCCAAAGGCAGAACUUAAACCAGGAAAUGAAACAGAGGAGGGAUAAAGCUAAGUGAAGGCAUCACACAUAUAGAAACUCUCAACAUUUGACAAACAAUAGUGCAUUUAAAAAGCAAGGGCAAAUAAUUACAAUAGAUAUUGACUUUUGGUGAGAACUGGAGUGUUUCCAUACAUGGUCUGACUCUGGGGGUUGGUGCUCAUCUCAAUUUCUAAACUGAAGAGCGGGCGUUGUCCAUAGACACCUCCUAGGGUGGCCGGCAUGACUGCAUGGAGCGCCUUUACCUUCCCGCAGAAACGGGGGUCAUGGUAGGCAUGGGUCAAAAAGACAGCUACGUUGGGGAUGAAGCACAGAGUAAAAGAGGAAUUCUGACUCUGAAAUAUCCCAUUGAGCAUGGGAUCAUCACUAACUGGGAUGACAUGGAAAAAAUAUGGCAUCAUUCCUUCUACAAUGAAUUGCGCAUUGCCCCAGAAGAGCAUCCUGUGCUGUUGACAGAAGCUCCCUUAAACCCCAAGGCUAACCGAGAAAAAAUGACUCAGAUCAUGUUUGAAACAUUCAAUGUACCAGCAAUGUAUGUGGCCAUACAGGCAGUUCUCUCUCUGUACGCAUCAGGCCGAACAACUGGUAUAGUUCUAGACUCUGGGGAUGGCGUCACACAUAAUGUACCAAUCUACGAAGGUUAUGCCUUGCCACAUGCUAUCAUGAGACUGGAUCUGGCUGGGAGAGAUCUCACUGACUAUCUCAUGAAAAUUCUUACCGAAAGAGGCUAUUCUUUUGUAACUACUGCUGAGCGUGAGAUUGUGCGGGACAUAAAAGAAAAGCUCUGUUACGUGGCCUUGGACUUUGAGAAUGAAAUGGCUACUGCUGCUUCCUCCUCUUCUUUGGAGAAGAGCUAUGAACUUCCUGAUGGUCAAGUCAUUACUAUCGGCAAUGAACGGUUUCGAUGCCCUGAAACACUCUUCCAGCCUUCUUUCAUAGGAAUGGAGUCUACUGGUGUCCAUGAAGCUACGUAUAACAGCAUCAUGAAAUGUGAUAUUGAUAUCCGCAAGGAUCUCUAUGCUAAUAAUGUGCUCUCUGGAGGAACAACCAUGUACCCUGGCAUUGCUGACCGUAUGCAGAAGGAGAUUACAGCUUUGGCUCCAAGUACUAUGAAGAUUAAGAUUAUUGCACCACCUGAACGUAAAUAUUCAGUUUGGAUUGGGGGCUCCAUACUGGCGUCUCUAUCAACCUUCCAGCAAAUGUGGAUUAGCAAAGAUGAAUAUGAAGAAUCUGGUCCCUCCAUUGUCCACCGCAAAUGUUUUUGAAUAUUUUUGAGAUUUAUUUUAAGAGAUAUCAUAUGGUGUUUUCCUGCAUAAUUUCUUAUUGCAUAGUUGCCUUCACUGCUUUUGCUGAAGACAUAAUAAAAGGUCAUGUGGAUUGAGAAGAUGUCAAUUCUGGAUGCCACCAUUUUGCAUUCCAGUGACAUUGAUAACUUUGAAUUAGCAGCAACUACGUAUAUGUAAGAAUCUAUUGGAGUGAAGAUAUGAUACUUCAUGAUCUGUAACAAAAGGGAGAACCAGUUUAACCCAAAUCAGUCGGCCAUUCAAUCACCAUGGAGCUGAUUUCCCCCUCCCUUUGGGUGCAUCUACAUCAUGGUUCAAUGCAAUGGACUCAUGGGGAGUUUAAAACUUCCAAGGUCUUUAGCCUUCUCUGGCAAAGAGUGUUGGUGCCCUACCAAAUUACAACUCCCAAGUUUUCAUAGCAUUGAUCCAUGGCAGUUAAAGUGGUGUCAAGUAGUGAUCAGUAUCCAAGUGACAAAUAGGGAUCAGUAUCAAAAUUAAAUCUGGUAACGCCAGAUCUAAGUAGGUAGAGUCAAAGGUAUGAUCAUGAUCAGGGGUCCUCAAACAUUUUAAGUAGAGGGCCGGUUCAUGGUCCCUCAAACUGUUGGAGGGUCAGACUAUGAUUAAAUAGUCCAAAAUUAGGAUUGUUGUUGUGUGCUUUCAAGUCGUUUCAGGCUUAGGUCAACCCUAAGUCUAAAGUUUAGGACAGGGGCCAGGUAAAGGACCUUGGAGGGCUGCAUCUGGCCCAGGGGCCUUAGUUUGGGGACCCCUGAUCAUUAUGGUAUGUGCACUUUCUCUCUCUUAUAUUUAGAAAUAUAAAUAAAAAUACAUGCAUUAUACAAAUAUAAAACAAAUAUAAUAUGCACCGGGGUGGCCCUCUCAUGACACUGGGUGAACUCAUGCUUCCUGCGUAGAACAGGACAGGUAGAAAACUGUGUAGGCAUGAUAACAGGAAAUUCCUCUACUGUUACCUCCUCAGCAAGUUGAGGCAUGCGUUGACUCCAUUUGACCAAUUUUCCUACUGUUCAAUGUCACAAAAAACCAUGGUGAGACUUCUCAAAUAAUCACUUGCCCAUGUCUUGACCCAAUGAUUGCUCAGGGUGGAGGGUGGGGUUUGGUCUGGGCAGUUUUCUAGUGUCAUCCAAUGAAGCAUAGAUUUAAACAGAUUAGGCAGGUCCCUCCCUAGAUUCAGUCCAAUAUUCUACUACUGACGCCACAUUGGUUGUCAGCAUGUUACAUUGUAAGGCAAUUUAUCUCAAAAAGGAGUUCUGGCACAGGAGGCAACCAGACAGAAAAUCUAGUCUCAUGAGAGUACAAAAGCAAAGUUUAUUUUCACCAUAGCUAUGAGAAAGGCAAAACAGCUGUACACAUACCAAAAGGUUUGUACUUGCAAAUGGCUGCUGCGAAGUGUGGCGCAGUAAACAAAGAAUAUAUAUCUUGGCUUAUCUAAACUUGACCAAUUAUUGAGGCUCUUCUUCACCUCCACACCUCUUUGGCACAGGUGGUGCCUGUGAUCUCACUUGUUUACUCUGAACUAGCUUCUGUCCAUGGAUCUUACUGGAGAAAGGCACCAACUCAAAGAGAAAGGGAGGGGCACAGGUCCUUUGUUAUUUUGGCUCAUUAUAUUGUCUAUAUAAAAGCUAAUACAAUAUACAGAGGCAAAGCUAUAUAUGCAAAAGUCUACUAUUUUCUGGCUUAUGGUCCCUUUGACAUAAUUGUUUAAUUUCUCUACCUUUUUAGCAGGAAUACAUACCCACACUCCAAGCCCUCUGAGUAAGGCUUUUGUAAUGGACAUUUUCAUAAGUAUCUUGUUAAUCUACUUAACAGGUUCUGCUUUUUUACAUUGAAAAUCAAUACAUGUCUACUCAGAAACAUGUCUCAGUGACUAUUGACAGAUUUACUUCUAGAUAACUGUAUACAGACCUUCAGACUGAAUGCCCUUUCUGGUACUGCCCUAGUUAAGGGAAAAAAUUGUUGCUAAAUAAGUUAUGUUUUUUGAAUAUUUUAUCAUAAUUAUUGGGGGUUUCUUAAGGAGCACACAAUUAGCCAUGUAAUGCUAAUUUGACUUUCAUUAAUUGCAUAGCAACUGGUUGAUCUAUUAAAUAGAUAUAAGCCACCAUAA